AUGAGACAACAACAACCCUAUUUCAUAAGACCUCCUAAUCUUUCAUCUCGUCACUCAACAAAUAAGAUUAGUUUUCUCAAUAAAGAGGAAACCCCUUCGAACAGUUAAGGAGUUCGAAGGAAAACUCCAAUUAUUGCUCAGCCCUUGCACUCUCCCACCCAAUUCAAAGAUUUACAUCGCAUUAACCCGAAUAAACGUAUUCCUACUCUCAAUUCUCCAUUGCACGAUGGAUCCAUAUCAAAAUAUAAAAUUAUCAACGAUUUCUCAGUGUACAAAUUACCAACCACCAGAAGAAUCAAAUCUGACGAUUAAACCUCUAAUAUUAUACCUACAAAGAAACAGAAGAGUCAACAUAUCAAUAAUAUCAAGCUUCGAACUGAUAGAAGAAAAAAUUUUACUCCCUUAACUAAAAUGAAAACAGAGCCCAAUGAAAUUGCCACUCAUUCCAUUUCUAAACAAGAUGAGUCUCAAGAUAUUUUAUUUCGUCUUCAUAAAUAAUCAAUUCCAACAGAACCAAGGGAUAAAUUUGAAUCCAUAUUGGGAGAUAAAAUUGUUAGUGGCAUAAAGAAAAUUGAAAAGAAAACAGAAAACUAUAUCGAACUAGAAGAAGAUAGUUAAUUCUUCUUGGAAACCAAAUAAAAUAUGAAAAAUAAAGAAAUGCCUGCCUUAACUCAAGAAACCAAAGAAAGAAUUUUAGAUUUGCUUUGUUUGUCUACUUAAGAUUUAAAAAAAAAAUUCGCCGAACAUAAUAGAAUAGGGAACUCUAAAAUCAAUGCAAGGUAGCCUAAUAAAUUAGUCAUUCCGAGAAAUGGAAAAUCUAAAUUUCCGUUAGACUUUUUUAAUGCUCUUCUACCUCAUUCUAUUUUUAGUUGA